CAGUGACAAAAUCGCAAUUUCUUUUGAAUUCAAAGAUAAAUUCGUAAUUUUAUCGGGAGAGGUGGCGAGAAAAUGAAAAGAGUGACGAGGAUUGAAAAUAUUUUUCCUAUUAUUUUGGGAAAUGAUCAGAGAUAGUAAUUAUUGCUUCGAUGACUAACUGUAUACUCCAAGAAAAAGGUGGUACUGUGGGAGAAGAGUGAGGACUCGCAAUAAUCAGAAAGAAGAGAAAAAGAAGGUGAAAUUUGAGAAGGGAGGAAUUGCUUACUUGAAGUAUUUGGCAAAGAGGCAAACAGCUAGAAAGGACAUGAGUAAUUUAGAUGAUCAUGAUCUACUCCUGGAACAAUCUCUUCUUCAGGGUUGCAGGAAACGUGUGGAUGAGAUGCAAAAAUAACUUAAUCAAGUGGACGAUAAAUAAAGAUGAAAACUGUGAGAUAUAUGUUGGAGAUGGGUCUGUUGAUUUUCAUGGGAAUCCUGCUUUGAAGAGCAAAACUGGCAACUGGAGAUCCUGCUCUAUUGUGCUUGGUACUGAAUUUUGUGAACGUCUUGCUUACUAUGGUAUUGCAACAAAUCUCGUCAACUACCUUACCAACAAAAUGCAUGAAGGAAAUGUUAGUGCUGCAAGAAAUGUCAAUACCUGGGCAGGGACAUGUUACCUUACAUCUCUUGUUGGAGCUUUCUUGGCUGAUGCUUACUGUGGAAGAUAUUGCACAAUUGCUGUCUUUUCCACAAUUUACUGCGUCGGGAUGUGUACAAUGGCCUUGUCUGCAUCAGCUCCUGCUUUUAAUCCCUCUAAUUGUGAAGAUUUGGUCUGUCCUUCAGCAACUUCAGUACAAAAUGCAAUACUGUUUUCAGGACUUUAUCUGAUUGCACUAGGAACAGGAGGGAUUAAACCAUGUGUUUCCUCCUUCGGUGCUGACCAGUUUGAUGAUACUGACCCGAUUGAGAGGGUAAAGAAAGGAUCAUUUUUCAAUUGGUUUUACUUCUCGAUCAACAUUGGUUCACUUGUAGCAGGUACCUUUAUUGUUUGGAUACAAGAAAAUGUUGGAUGGGAUAUAGGAUUUGGGAUUCCUGCAUUAUUCAUGGGCAUUGCUAUUGCAAGUUUCUUAUCUGGAACGACUCUCUAUAGGUUUCAAAAACCUGGGGGUAGUCCAUUGACGAGAAUCUGUCAGGUUGUGGUUGCAGCAUUCCAUAAGCGUGGGUUGGAGGUUCCAGAAGAUGGUACUCUCUUGUAUGAAACUCCAGACAGGCUUUCAGUGAUCAAAGGAAGUCGAAAGUUAGAACACUCAGAAGACCUGAAGUGGCUUGAUAAAGCAGCUAUUUUAUCGGAGUUUGAUUUAAAAAGUGGAAAAAUUCACAAUCAAUGGAGAUUGUGCACUGUAACACAAGUCGAAGAAUUGAAAAUUUUAAUCCGUAUGUUCCCUAUAUGGGCAACCGGGAUUGUAUUUUCUGCUGUCUAUGCCCAGAUGGCAACACUGUUUAUUGAGCAGGGAAUGCUCAUGGACAGAAAAGUCGGAACCUUCACUAUCCCGGCAGCAUCUGUUUCCACGUUCAGUGUCAUUAGUGUAAUAAUUUGGGUGCCGAUCUACGAUAAACUUCUCGUUCCUUCUCUUAGGAAGUUUACUGGAAACGAAAGAGGGUUCUCAGAUCUUCAGAGGAUGGGGAUUGGCCUCUUUAUCUCUAUCCUUGCCGUGGUAUCUGCUGCAAUUGUCGAAAUCAAGCGUUUGCAAAUUGCAGAAGAGCUAGGUUUAGUCGAGGAACGUGUUGAAGUCCCACUUAGCAUCUUGUGGCAAAUUCCGCAGUUUUUCUUGGUUGGAGCUGCAGAGGUGUUUACAUGCAUUGGGCAGGUUGAGUUCUUCUAUGACCAAUCGCCUGACGCUAUGAGAAGUUUAUGUAGUGCACUUGUUUUGGUAACUGUUUCAUUGGGAGAUUAUCUAAGCUCAUUGAUUCUAACUAUUGUUACAGUCGUAACCACAGCCGGUGGGGAACCCGGAUGGAUACCUAAUAAUCUAAAUAAUGGUCGUCUUUAUAAUUUUUUCUGGCUAUUAGCUGGUUUUAGCUUCUUGAACCUGUUAGUGUAUAUAAUCUGUGCCAUGAAAUAUAAACAGAAGAGUGUUUCCUAGGAUUGAUUCCUUCUAAAAAUUAUUAGCAUAAAAAAUACCAAGCCUUUUUAUAUUGGAUAUGUAUUUGAUUAAUCAAUUUUUAUAAUCUAGGAUUGGGAUAAUGAAAUGUUGUUGUUAGGUAGAAUCUUGUUAUUUACACCAUUAGAUUGAAAAGUAAAGACUAAUUCAUGUUCAUAUUUAUAGCUUGUUGAAUCA